UGGUAUGCCAAGGCCUGGUUUCCUCCUUACGGCAAGUCCUUGAGAUUGCCCAGGAAAGCUAAGAGGAUCCGGAUAGAGCACCACAAAGCCGGGAGACGAUCAACGUCAUUGCGUGGUGGAUUGACUCUGAACGGUGUCUUAGACAAGCUUGGCCUGGAUGAGCGCAGUUUCGUACGGUCUCCUCGAUCGAGGGUCGAAGUGCAAGAGGCGAAGAAUUGAGAUGGUUCCUGAGUUGCCAGACCGCCGCAUUCGUUGAGCGAGAUCAUGUCAGGGCGAAGGAGGCCUUUCGCUUCGGAGGCAUUCUUUGAACCUCAUGUCAGUGCCGCCGUUACUUCGUCACUAGAAUGACAUCCAGCCAACUUCUCCAAGCACUCGAGUGCAGAGUCCAAGGCAAGACGACAACAGCAUUGAUCGUAAGAAGUCCAGCUUCGAUAUAUGGCGGCGCUGAGCGAACUCGUCACCAGAGCAUCGUUCCAUGGUCAUUCGAGACGGCGUCCAAUUGAGCCAUGCAGUCAAUCUUACCCAUCAAUCUCGUCAGCGCACGCAUGAGAGCCUCUCAUGAACAAUGCUCUUCACUUAGAGCGAUGUCGUUGUCGUGUGAGAAUGAAAGAACAAGAAGAAGACAUUGGACAGGAAGAAAGAUAUCCGUCGAAAGUCAUCCAAUCCUCAGUCCCACAUAUCCGCAGCCCAGCCCUGAAAAUACCCCUCCAACCACCUCACUCCAUCUUUUCGACCACAUCCAAAAGAACCAUCAAAGUCAUCUCCAAAUCUGCCGAGUCUAGAUUUUCGCCAGCAUGCUCGCCCUAGCCAUCACCGCCGAUCUCGAAGGCGUCACCGACCUCGUCCCCGACGACACGGAAGAAAACCCCUUCUACUACACCUUCAAAGUCCAAUGCACCAGCUGUCGAGAAGUCCACCCGAAUUGGGUGUCCGUGUCGAGAUUCGAAAUGAACGAACAAUCCGGCUCCCGCGGCGAAGCGAAUUUCGUGUGGCGGUGUAAGAACUGCAAGAGAGAACACACCGCCUCCAUCCUCUCCCCACCCACCUCCUACGCCCAUCAAUCCCCCGCCAAACCGACGAAUAUCCUCACCAUCGACUGUCGAGGCCUGGAAUUUGUAGAGUUUAAACCAGAUGGCGAAUGGAAAGCCACCGGCAUCUCAAAACUCACGAAAUUCACAUCCAUCGAUCUGACCGAGGGGGAUUGGUAUGAUUAUGAUGAGAAAGCGGGGGAGGAGGUCAGUGUCAAGGAUGUCAAGUUUGAGAUUCGGAGGGCGUGAGAGGUUGCUUUCUUUUCAGUCUCCUCUGAUUCUUCCGAUUCCUGUGCUUGUCUACUUGGUUCCGCUGCGAUUGGACGGGUG